AACUCUUUCCCCUUUCCCUCCACCCCCUUCCUCUCUCUCUCUCUCUCUCUCUCUCUCUCUCUCUUCGAGCAGCCAUGGCCAACGACACCCCAAAUCCAUCCGUCACCGCCACCGCCACCGCCACCGCCACCGCGGCGGCCGCGCACACCACCACCACCACGAAAAACAACAACAACAAAGAGAAGCCAACUCGUCACCCCAGGAAGCGUUUCUACAGAGCAAGAGCCCAUAGCAACCCCUUGAGCGACUCCCACUUCCCCGUCCCCGUCACCCCCUCCCACUUUGACUACUCCCUCCACUUCACGUUGCCGACGCCGCCUCCCUCCGACGACCACCACCACCUCGUUCGCUUCGCGGACGUUGGCUGCGGCUUUGGCGGCCUCCUCGUCCAACUCGCCACCCUCUUCCCCGACACCCUGAUGCUCGGCAUGGAGCUCCGAGACAAGGUCAGCGAGUACGUCAAGGAGCGAAUCUCCGCACUCCGGUCGAGCAACCCUGGUCAAUACGGCAACAUUUCCGUCAUUCGCACCAACUCCAUGAAGUACAUCCCCAACUACUUCGUCAAGGGCCAGCUCACGAAGAUGUUUUUCCUAUUUCCCGAUCCCCAUUUCAAGGAGAAGAACCAUCGGCGAAGGGUCAUCAGUCCCUUCUUGCUUGACGAGUACGCCUACGUUAUGCAGGCUGGUGGCAUUCUCUACACGAUCACUGAUGUGGAGGAGUUGGGGGUUUGGAUGAGGAAGUGUUUGGAAGAGCACCCACUAUUUGAACAGGUGCCGGAGGGUGAGAUUCAGAGUGACCCGGUUGUGGGCUUGCUGGGUGACGCCACUGAGGAGGGAAAGAAGGUCGCCAGGAAUGGUGGGAAGACGUUCAGAUCUGUGUUCAGGCGUGUUGCUGCUCCUCGAGAUGAUGAUGAUGAAUAACUUGAAUUGAAGCUCGUUUGAUUCAGAUUUGUUAUUUAUUGUAAGGGGCUGUAUCUCUGCUCUGGCUACUUAGAAUGAUAAAUAAUGGGGAGGGGAUAAGAAAUUACAUGUGGUAUAUUUGGUUGAAUUAGAGGAAGUUCUCGGCUGUAUUGAUCCUAGUCACUGUCAACUUCGGCGAUUUUGAGCUGCAUUGGAUUUGGAUCUGUUUUCCCUUUUUGAGUAGAGAAACACAGGCAACAGGCAGAUUAUUUUUUAUGGCUAUUAUGUAUUUGGAAGAUCGUAACGAUACAAAACAUUGCAUAAUUGAAGGGCUUUAAAAUUCUAUUUUGUUA